GAAACUCACCCUACAGUGGUAUUCUCUCGCCUAACAACCACCAUCUUCCACUCCCUUCCAGUCCUCGUCCUACGACUACUCAUCUCCUAAAUCCCUCUCUACCUUUGUCGCAGCCGGUCAUCGGUGACUGAUUUCUCGACUACGCUGCGACUGCGACACAUCUGGUGAAGCGCAGGCCUGCGAUGGCCCCUCAGCGAUAUGAAGCGGUGAACACACACGACAAUGAAAACUAUUCUCCUCUUUCUCCAGACGCUCACCAUGGCGUUCCUUCCUCACCUCCUCCAUCCUUCCACUCUAGAGCAUCUUCACCCACAGGCCGCCGCCUGUUGAACCAAGAUCCCCUCUCUACGGAAGCCGAUCGAGACCUUGAAGACACCUUUGACGAUGGAGAAGCGUCCGAUGAAGAAAACGAUGGUGACGACAGACAGCGAUUGAUGAGAGCCGAACCACCAACCGCAAGACAUGAUGCGAUGUCCCCACGAAUCCCGGCUGUCGACGCACCACCGGUGCCUACAAUUGAGCGUAGGGUGACGGAGCUUCCGGCUUUCAGGCCAAUGCCGACGUCUGCUCGAGCGACAGAUGGUGUUUUCGCAAAUUUGUCGGCAAAGCCAGAAAGAGGUGAACAACUCGAUGACAAACCACCCACAUAUGAACAAGCUGCCGCCGAUGCGACUCCUCCAUACUGGGAGACCACGAUACUAGCUCCCGGCAUGUCAUCUGACGAGGUCUACGUUGAUGGUCUUCCUGUCGGAUCCGUUUUCUCCUUCGUAUGGAAUGGCAUGAUUUCCAUGUCUUUCCAACUUGUCGGCUUUCUCCUUACCUAUCUUCUUCACACUACACAUGCAGCAAAACAUGGCAGUCGAGCCGGGUUGGGAUUAACUCUGGUUCAAUACGGCUUUUAUAUGACUGGCUCUAGUGAUGGUGGUCAAGAUACAGGCAAUCCUGGACAGUUCUCGAAUUCAUCACCACCGGAUCCGAACAGCCAUGAUUUCGACCCCAAUACUGUCGAUGGAUCAGGAAAUCAAGCUUCAGGAAGGCACGGCAUGGGAGGAUUCACGAGCGCGGAUUGGAUAUCGUACGUUUUGAUGAUUGUUGGCUGGUUUAUCCUUAUCAGGGCUGUCUCGGACUUUUUACGAGCCAGACGGCAUGAACAGUUGGUUUUGCAGAGCCCGAGUCGAGGCCUUCCUGUACCUGUAGUUGCUGAGGGUGAGACUCCCGAGCAGGCUGCAUGAGGUAUGGAGUUGUUGAAUUAUACCAUUUUCCUACUUUUCGAUAUCCGGUCAUGUGUGCCUGACGAUCCGCACAAAACCAGGAGUGACAUUGGUUCCAGGCAAUCUGACAUGCGCUGGCCAAGUAUACGAUCUUGAUCGUUGUUUCGUGUGUUUGAUUUCGAGUAGCUCUUGAUCCGUUUGAUCUACGAAGGGUUCACCUAUUGCUUGAGGUGGGAACAAACAAGAUUGCAAUGAUAACGUGCUUCGUC